CAUGGACGUCGUUGUGGGAGAUGAUAACCAUUCUGCCUCUCCCAUAACUUUACAAACCAAUGUUGAAAACCUUGAAGAACUCCCUAUAGAUGCACCAGCACAGAAAACAGUGAAUCUAUAUAAAGUAGACAACUAUACUUUUGGUACCAAACAAGCCUCCCAAAAACAACACGAACGAAAUCCUCAACGGCUAAAGGAAAAAUAUCAAGAAAGGGGUUUGAGGCACUCAGUUGCAGGUGUGCUUCUUGUUCACCAUCAUCGACACCCUCACGUGCUUGUCUUACAACGAACUAAAGACGCUGGAAGUUUCUGGUUACCUGGUGGUCGACUGCGUCCAGGUGAAGGUGAUUUGGAAGGCCUAUCAAGAAAACUGGAUAAUCGUCUAAAGAGUCCAUCACAAGAAAGAAGCCACUGGGAAGUAGGAGAUUUUUUGGCAACUUGGUGGUAUCCUGACUUUUCUGACAAUAGAUAUCCAUAUAUCCCACCACAUGUUACCAAACCUAAAGAAAAACUGAACCUAUACCUUGUUCAGCUCCCAGAGUCUUGUGCUUUUUCCGUUCCAAGUGAUCUUCAGUUACUCGCUAUUCCUCUCUUUCAGGUGUUUAACAAUGCUGAACAAUAUGGUGAAGUAAUUAGUUCUUUGCCGACCCUUCUCAGCAGAUACCAUGUGAAUUACCUAUAAAGCUGGAAUAUUGUUUACACAAUAUGACAUUUUAUCAUAAGGCUGGUUAGUAGUCCUGUUUUCUAGAAUUGAAGCACAAGUUGAUAUAUAAAUACAUUUGUCGCCAUUUUCAGUCUU